CGCCAUGUUUUACUUUCGCAACUUUGAAAUUCCGAUAACUGCAAUUUUUUUGAAAAAUUCAGGAUUCCUGCAGGACUAAGGUACGCCCUGUCCCUGAACUUUCAGGGAGUUUAAUUGCCCUGAACCUGAACCUGAAACAAAUUUCAGGUCAGCAUUUUACCCUGAAACUGUCCUGCAGGGACAGGAUCCUGCAGGUUCAGGACAGGAUCCCUGCCCUGCGCCCAGCUCUAAUGACGGUGUAUCUAUGUAAAUCUGUUAUCUAUGAACAUCAUAUUUGGAUAAGUUGUGCACAAUUUUGUAGUCCUGGCGAUAAACUCCAGCUCAAAGUUCGACAUGUUCAAAAAUAACGUUUGGCGCUACGGCGUUGUGGACGUAAUUGACGACAGCAGACGGAUUCGUCACGGCAUGAUCGUCGAUCUGGUGGCAGACGGAGGGGACUUUAUCGUGGAUUUCGACUACCCCGAUCACCAUGCUGAGCGUGUCCCUGUAGCUAACUGUGUAGCGUUGCAAAAGUUAGACCCACUCCCUGUGGGUCAGCCUGUUCGCGUCCUCCUUAAACGUCAACCUGAUCAGCCGUGGUGCUGGUACUCCGCCCAGCUGCUCGCUCUGGUCAAGGACACAUAUUGGGAAAAAGAGCGUACAUCGGCGUUGGUGGGGGUGUACGCUGACGGGGACGAUUUUCGGGAUGUUGUACCCUGUGGAACAAUUUGCGGAGCGGAGCCGUUGUGUCAGCUGACUAAGAAAUUGCCUACAGAUACCAUUACAUACUGUGAUCCAUACCCCAGAAAAAAUGUGUGCUUUCGCCAGCAUCUAGUGAAGAUUCCAAAUGAAUCCGUACUGUUCAAACUGACAGAGAGGAAGGGGUUUCGUCCAGUGUGGAGUUGUUUGACAAAGUCUGUACUUGUCCAUACCAGUUUGCUGGCUGAAACCCUGGUGAUACGCUACAUAUCGACCGAGAAAAAGGCAUUUGAAGAAUCGCAGUGUAGCGAUUUUAUCAUUCGCGUGAAGCGUGUGUUGAACAACCAACCGGAGAGACAAAACUUGAAGGUUGACGCCGGGCAAAAAAAGCAAAAACGACGCAGACUCGGCUGCGAUGAAGUGAUCUUCCCGAGUGUUAAGGAAGACAUUCCCGUAAUAAAAGACGACCGCGUUGUGCCCUGGCACGUUCUUCCUCUUGCCCUUGUGCUAGACUCGCUCUCGUACAUUCCUGUCAAUCAGCAGCUGAAAUGCCGUCAAGUCAGUCGAGACUGGGACACGGUAUUUGCUACGGUCAUUACUGCCGCGCUACAUCUUUAUCUGGAGGUGGACACCUCCCGCAGCCGUUUCACGAGACGGCGGUUAGCCUUCACGUUGGGCAAGUGCGUCACAUCAUCCACCAGAACCCUAAUCAUCACGACAGCCGCCGCGGAUCGUCAGCAGGGACGUUUUGCAUACGCACCGGUGGACUGCAUCGCAGAAGUGGUCGAGGCGAUGCAGAUUAGAAUCCCGUUAAUUAUCCUGUGGCAAGUGGCGGCCGAUUAUCGUGAUCUAAUUCGGUAUUCCCGUCAAGCCGUCGGUAGUGGUUACGUAUCAGCGAGAACCAUCGCCAAAUACCGCGAUCGGCGGUGGGCCUGGCCCGGUGCCUGUGUAAUGUUGCGAUUGCAGGAGCUGCGGAUGUUGGUGUAUUCCCGUUGGCACAGAGAAUCGGCAUUGGCUGGCUUGCAGUCGGUUUCUGUGGCGGAAAAUUACAAUUGGUUGGACGACGAAUUUUCACCCGGCAUUUAUCUCGGAGCUUCUGCCGUGCGUGGGGCUGCUCAGUUCCGUGCGAAUGUGCUGCGGAUACAGAAAAGUAUCAUGCAUACAGCUGCUACCCAGCCCGGCCCUGACAACGUGUGAUAGUGUUGAUGUGUCUUCCUGUUUUUUUAUUACUGCAUUAUUAUUUUUGCGUUCCUCGGUUACAUUCGGUUACAUUCUUCACCGUGUACAACUCCUGUUGAUUGUACAGUUUCUGCGUUUAAGAAAAUAGGGGAAAAUGGUUUGCGUUUGCGGAUUUGCCUGUCAAGACCGUCACCAUGUCCCACAAUCAAGACUGCCCGAAACGGCGAUACGUAGCGGAAAGACGAUGUACCGCAUAUGCUUCCACUUAAACCACUUGAAUGAUUGAUAUCUGUGCAGUUAUCUCCUUCUCCAGAUCGUCGGGAAUAAGCACCUUGCAGCCGUAUAUUUGUUACAAGCGAGGGGUCAUAAACAUCGUGCCGCACCAGCGCAAUCUUUAGUACUACUCUAUUAUGGGAGGCAUGUAUAUUGGAGGCAUUGCAGUAGCUCGUAAUCCUUGUCCAGUGUGUACUAAAAUAAACGGGUACUGUACUUUAUCACUGCAUGUCGGUAAACAAAAUUGCGAAGUACUUAUCUUAUACAAACAGAAAGACAACGAGCUAUGCAGCCACGUACAUCUAUAAACAAGGGCGGUCGAAUAACAGAAAAAACUUCGUCUGAAUUCGCCGCCGGUGCUCCUGCGUUUCCUCGCUGGAUUUCGAUGCUGAUCUGUUGACGCAAAAAUUCGGUUUCUCGUGCUUUGCCAAUCGCCAGUUACCUGCUGAAUCAUCUACCCUGAUUGCUGACACGGUCACUCAAAUGAAGAUAGCCAAGUACAGCAUUUCCCUCAGUUCGCGUGAGAAGGGUACGAGGCCGUCUAUACCAGUAUAGCUCGAGCCGGUGGACAGUUGUUUUCAAUCAGUGAUGAUCGACGGAGCAGAGGUCAUGUCUAGAUUCCAAGCGCUUGCCGGAAUUGUUGCACAACCGAAACAAAACUUGAUAGCCAGUCCGCAGUGGCAUUUAACGCAGCAUAAAGCGGCAUGGAUGUCCCGUGGUCUGAACUGGCGGAAUGCUGGCCGGGAUCUGCAAUGUCAAAGCAACAUGAUCCUGAGCGCUUAUUUGGCCGAGCAUCCUGGCGGAUGGUCUUGUAAUCCUCGAAGUCACGACUCACUUGAAGUUGCUGAUACCGAGCGGAAAACUUCAUAACAAUCUCCAUUACAGGCUGUAUAAUACACAAGAGCGGAACUAACGAUAAAUAUAAUUGCUCAGAUACAUACUGUACAUUAUUUAUUUUGUAAUUUGUGACAAUUACGUAUACCGGUAAUUAUAUACUCGCGAGACAAAGUUGAUGUAUAUAUGUUCUGAUUCAUAACAUGCAAACAGCUAAAUAGUACUCCAGUAUAUGGCGGCAGGGGAAACGCAUAAU